AUAAAAGAGUCAUAGUUUCCGCUGUAGAGCCUUCUCCAGGAGUGCCGGGACGUUGUGUCUCUCCUUUUCCUUUCAGCGUGGAAUAAACCUUUUCCCCUUCCUGACGUAUUCAUGACCUAUGAGUGACGCGUCAAGCCUCGGUCAUGUCUCCCUGUGACCGCUAGGCGGGGCUGUGUUGACGAACGGACUGGCCGCUCUCGGGACCCGUAGGCUUGUGAGCAUGCGUACAAAGGCGGUUGAGGAGGUAGAUUUGAAAGAACUGCAGGGCUUUGGCGGAUUACUUCCCAUCAACACAAACAAACCUCGUCAGAUAAAGGUCUCCGUGGGCAACAGGAAGUUUGCAGGAGACAAUAUUACACUUCUUCCACCGGGUCGAUGUUAAUGGAGCGCGGCGGAGACAGCGAGGACGACGGAGGCAGCGCCCCCCCCUGCCCGGACUCGGACCCGGCCCGCAACCCCUCGCCGCCCCCGGGCUACGACGCAGAGGAAGAGGAGGAUGAGGAGGAGGAAGGGGGGCCAGAAGGGGACGCCAUCGGCAACACUGUCUACAGCAAGCACUGGCUCUUCGGCGCCCUCACCAGGCUGGUGCAGGUGGCCGCGGAGCAGGGGGCCGGAGACCCGGAGGCGCGGGAGGAGCUGGGCGAGGAGGACGAGGAGCAGCUCUGUAAGGUCUGGGACAUGGCCGCGGACCAGGACGUGGCCCGCUUCCUCCAGGAGUUCAAGGCCGCGGACAUCCUGCUGGGGGCGAUCGCGAAGUCCGGGAGCCCCCGCCUCACGGAGAUCUGCGUGGGAAUCCUGGGAAACAUGGCCUGCUUCCCCGACGCCUGCCGGUCCAUCAGCGAGAACGAGGACCUGGGGGUGGUGCUGUUGCUGCUGCUGUCCGAUGGCGACCCCCCGACCCUGCUGGAGACGAGCAGGCUGCUGCUGACCUGCCUGGCUCGGCCGAGUGCCGCCCCCCUGUGGCUGGAGAGGGUACGGCAGCAGGAGUCCGUGCGCCAGAGCCUCUGCUUCAUCAUGUGCAGCUCCACCAACGUCGAUCUGCUGCUGAAGGUGGGCGAGCUGGUGGACAAGCUGUUCGACCUGGACGAGGAGCUGAUGAGGAGCUGGAUCACACCGCAGGCCCAGCCCAGCACCACGGACGGGGAGGGCCCCCUGCACAUCGCCCCCUGCCUGCUGGAGGCUGCCAAGCAGCUCAGGUCGGAGAGCCCUGAGGGUCUGGAGGUGUACAUUCACGCCCUGCAGCUCCUCACCACAGUGGACACGGGCAUCCAGGCUCUAGUGGAGCCCGAGCAGGUGGCCGAGGAGCUCUGGGCCCUGCUGAGCGAUGUCGUGUGCAGUGACCUCUGCCAGCCCGACGACCCCGCUGUCACCCUGCAGGAGCAGAAGACCCUGCUGGCGCCCGUCCUGGCGGUGCUGGGGGCCCUGUUCCACCUGCAGGGUCGGCCGGAGUGCUGCUGUCCAGACCGGAACCUGCCGCUGGUGGGGAGUCUGACCCGCGUGCUGCAGUACCAGCAGGAGUGCCAGCAGGGGGCGGCGGAGGACCAGGACGUGCACCUGCAGAUCCUGAAGGAGACCGCGGCCGAGCUCCUGUCCGGCCUGCUGGCUGGCCUUCCUCAGGCAAGGCCCGGGGCGGGGUUCGAGAGAGAGGGGCCCUGCUCUAGGCUCGGCAGACACACGAGCUGGGUGGGAGGUGUCUGAAGAGCCGCACAGCUGUGGAUGAUCCCUGGAGGAUAGG